UUGGGCUUCUCGCUGCGGCCCAGAGUUGAAAAUUUCAGAAUUGGAUCUGAUUCAAGCUUGGAAUUCCAGAAUUACGGCCAUCUCUCGCCCGCCCGUUCAGAUUCCGGUGGAGCUGGUGCAAAAGCUGCUCCGUACUUAGGAGGAGAAGCAAAAAAGAUGGCCGCCAUCGCAGUUCACCAGUUUGCACAGUCCAUCACUUGCCACGCUUGGAGUCCCGACCGCUCUAUGAUCGCAAUUUGUCCAAACAAUAACGAAGUGCAUAUCUAUAGAUUGAGCCAGGAAAAGUGGGAGAAAGUCCAUGUCCUCCAAAAGCAUGACCAAAUUAUAUCUGGAAUAGAUUGGAGUGUGAAGUCUAACAAAAUUGUGACUGCGUCUCAUGACCGGAAUUCAUAUGUAUGGAACCAUGAAGGGUCAGAAUGGUUACCAACCCUCGUUAUCCUUAGACUCAACCGUGCUGCACUAUGUGUACAGUGGAGUCCUAAAGAGAACAAAUUUGCUGUUGGAAGUGGGGCAAAAACUGUUUGUAUAUGCUACUAUGAGCAAGACAAUAAUUGGUGGGUCAGUAAACUUAUCAGAAAAAGACAUGAGUCCUCUGUCACAAGUGUCGCCUGGCAUCCUAACAAUAUUUUUGUUGCAACAACUUCUACUGAUGGGAAAUGCAGAGUGUUCUCCACCUUUAUAAAAGGCGUUGAUACAAAGUACGGCAGAUCAAGCUCCUCAUCAGAUUCUAAAUUUGGAGAGCAAAUUGUCCAGCUUGACCUCUCAAUCUCUUGGGCAUUUGGUGUAAAGUGGUCACCUAGUGGAAAAACCUUGGCUUACGUAGGUCAUAAUUCUAUGAUUUACUUUGUGGAUGAUGUUGGUCCAGCUCCGUUGGCUCAAAAUGUUGCACUUCGUGAUCUACCACUUCGUGAUGUGUUAUUUAUUUCUGAGAAAAUGGUGAUAGGCGUGGGCUUUGACUGCAAUCCCAUGGUUUUUGCGCCAGAUGAUAGAGGAAUGUGGACGUUUAUUCGGUUUCUCGAUGAGAAGAAACCAACAUUAGCAAGCCCAAAAUAUGGUUCUCAGUUUUCUGAAGCUUUGGGAAAAUUUUAUGCACAAUCAAAGUAUGGUGCAAGCAACAACGAUGGCAACAGCCCUUCGAAAUCGCGUGGAGGUGCUCAUGAGAACUGCAUAACAUGCAUCAUGCCUCUUGCUGGUAAAUCGCGAAUAACACGCUUCAGCACUUCAGGAUUAGACGGGAGAGUAGUGGUCUGGGAUUUGGAGAAGCAGGAAGAUUUGUUGCAUACCUUGUGAGCUCAGCUCAGCUCUCUCUCUCCUUAAUCAAGAAGCAUGCUUGAGCAAGUGGCUUGACACAGAGAUAACUGUGACAACAGUGACAAAGUAUCUUCCAAAGCUAGCGACUAAGCAGGGAGGGGAAAAUAUACCCUGGGGCCAAAAAGAGAGGAUCUUGGUCCAAUGACUAAGCAGAGAGUUGUACCAUAACAUUAAAUGUAUAAGUUUAGGUUGUACUAUAAAAAAAUUUGUAUCAAUAUGUUAUGAUACAACUUUAUAAUUUGAAGUUGUACCAUCACAUAAGGUACAAGUUUAAGUUGUACCAUAAAAGAAUUUGUACAAAAAGUAUAGGUACAAUAUGAAGUUGUACCAUAACAUUAAAGGUACAAUUUCAAGUUGUAUCAUAAAAAAAAAAUUUAUAGCACCAAUGCUAUAUAACAUU